AUGGCCUCCUCCCCAAGAUUUCGGACAUGGCCGAUAACUGCCGUGAAGUCCCUAGAGCCGAUGCUUCAGAAAAUGGGCUUGAAGGUGUCGGCGGAUGCCAUUGAUGGGACUUCCAAGAGUGAGGGAAGUGGAGGUCGCCACUUCUCAGAUGCUCUUGUCUCAGUGGGUGCGGCCGGUCGCGGUGGAACGGGCUCCUUCGUUUCUUCCAGCGGCCUGAUUCUCACGAACUGGCAUGUCGCUUAUGAUGCGGUGCGACAGGCGUCUCUGCAAGGCAGUCAUGACUAUGUUCGCGAUGGUUUCGUGGCCAAGUCCUUGAAGGAAGAGCUGAAGGGCCCCAAUUACGAAGUAUGGAUUACAAAGUCCUGCAAGGACGUGUCCAAAGAGGUCACAGAUGUGAUUGGGUCGGAACAGGAUCCGCUAAAGCGUGCCAAUCGUGUCCGCGACGUGAUGCAAGAGAUUGCCCAAGCUGCGCAAGCGGAGAAGCCUUCAGGAGAAGCCAGCGAUGGUGGAAAACGAUGUGACGUGCAGGAAAUGCUGCCUAAUGAGUCUUAUGUCUUGUUUACCUACGAAAGAAUCAAGGAUGUACGGAUCGUGUACGUCCCGCCCAAGAGUUUGGGCAACUUUGGUGGGGACACAGACAACUUCGAAUGGCCACGGCACACGGCCGAUUUCACCCUGCUGAGAGCCUAUGUGGGCCCCGAUGGAAAGGCUGCUGAAUAUUCAGUUGACAACGUCCCCUACAAGCCCAAGACGUUUCUGAAAGUGCAGCAGCAAGGUGCAGCAGAGGGUGAUUUCAUUUUCUUGCUGGGGUUUCCAGGCUCGACGAUGAGGUAUGCGCCAACCUCCAGGCUCCGCUUUUCGGAUGAGGUCGCCGUCCCCAACAUGGUCUCGGACUUCGCACGGAAGCUCCAGUUGAUCGCACAGUAUGAAAAGGACUCGGAAGAAGCCGCCCUGAAGUUGGGCACUAGCAAAAAAGGUCUGGCGAAUGAGUACAAGCGCAGCCAGGGCAAAUUGGUCAUGAUGCGAAAGCUGGGCCUGAUGCAGGAACGCUCGCAAGAAGAGGCGGCUCUCUGUGCGAAGGCGCCGGAAGCAAAGGAGGCUCUUGACCGCCUCAGCAAGAUUUAUGAUGAGCUGCGCGCCAUGGAGAGCGUCUCUACAGCAUUGGAGGCCUGCCGCGGGAUCUACUGUGGCAGUGCCCUACUCGCCGUGGGACAUGCCCUACAUGAGUAUCUCACCAUCGAGUGCCCCAAGCCAGACGGAGAGCGAGAGUCGUCGUAUCGACAACGCAACCUCCCGUUUCUUGCACAGCGCCUGGCGAAGCGCGUCGGGGAGAUCCAUCAGCCACAUGAGGCGGCUCUCAUCAAAGACGCCCUGGAUAUGCUUGAGAAGACCCCCGACUUGAAGAGCGCUUUCGCAGCGAUUCUGAAGAGCUUUGGCGGCGAGUCUUAUCUCUCGAAGAUGGAGUCUACCAUAGGAAGCUCAGAACUGAAAGCAUUGUCCGAUCCUGAGCUCAUGAAGUCGAUCUUCGCCGAAGAUGGCGCUGCCAAAGAUCGGAAAGCUUUGCUUGAAGACCCAUUUGUCAAGUGUGCCGGCUCCUUGUGGGAGGCCUAUGCAAGCAACCGCGAUCGCUCCAAGGCCUUGCUGAGUGAGCGAGACGCAUUGUUUGCCAAGUUGCUCGAGCUCCAACGCAAGCACAGCGACGGUGAGGUCAUGUAUCCGGAUUGCAAUGGAUCCUUGCGAAUUUCGGCAGGCUUCGUUGAAGGGUAUGAAGCUGCCGACGCGGUCGUCUGCAAGCCGCAAACCACCUUGGCUGGUUUAUUUGACAAGGCCGUGGAGGCAAAGCUGAGCAAGGAUGAAGGACGACUGGCCGAGUUCGGGUGUCCAGAUCGACUUUACGAUAUGCUGUCGUCCCCAAGCUCGAACUGUCAGAAGGUCCCUGUUUGCCUACUUUAUUCGACGGAUACAGUCGGUGGCAACUCAGGUAGCCCGGUCAUGAAUGCAAACGGAGAGCUUGUGGGAAUCAAUUUUGAUCGACAGCGUCAAGGCCUCAUGAAUGAGUUUAAGUGGAGCAAAGACUACUCUCGAAGCAUGGGUGUGGAUGUCCGGUACAUGCUAUGGCUUAUGGGAGAUUAUGAUGGAGCCAAGAAUCUCGUGCAGGAGAUGUUGGAAGGCUAA